AUGUCGGCUCCUCGUCUAGUUUUCACAUCCAUCAGCGAACCCAGAAAGAGUUUGCUGACAAUUUUUAAUAUCGCUCUCUGGCUGGCGAACUCUCAAUUCAUCGAUGAGGACGAAGAUGACAGCGGUGAGGAUGAAACUCCAGAGGAAAAGGCUGAACGCAAAAGCAUAGAGGAGGACUCUUAUUUGACAGUGGAUAAAUUAAUUGCUAAAUAUGGGUAUCCUGCCGAAGUGCAUCAAGUCACCACCGAAGAUGGUUAUAUCCUGACAAUGCAUCGCAUACGGGGCAAACAAGGUGCCCAGCCAUUCUUUUUGCAGCAUGGUCUUGUUGACAGCUCGGCGGGUUAUGUUAUAAUGGGUCCCAAUGUAAGUCUGGCCUAUUUACUCGCCGAUAACAACUACGAUGUGUGGCUGGGUAAUGCUCGUGGAAAUCGUUAUUCUCGCAAUCACACCACUUUAGAUCCAGAUGGUAAAAAGUUUUGGGAAUUCAGUUGGCAUGAAAUUGGAAUAUACGAUUUGCCAGCUAUGAUCGAUUAUGUCUUAAAGACAACCGGUUUUAAGCGACUUCAAUAUGCGGGACAUUCACAGGGUUGCACGGCGUUCUUUGUUAUGUGUUCCAUGAGGCCGGAAUACAAUAAAAAGGUGAUAAUGAUGCAGGCCCUAGCACCGGCGGUAUAUGCCCAAGAAACGGAGGAACAUCCUUACAUACGGGCCAUUAAUUUAUACUUCAAUACUUUGGUUGGCAGCUCUAUAACGGAAAUGUUUCAUAAUGAAUUCCGUUUCCUGUGUCGCAUGACCGAAGAAACCGAAAGGCUUUGUAUAGAGGCAGUGUUUGGUAUCGUGGGCAGAAAUUGGAAUGAAUUUAAUCGGAAAAUGUUCCCCGUCAUUUUGGGUCACUAUCCUGCCGGUGUGGCUGCUAAGCAAGUCAAGCACUUCAUACAGGUCAUAAAAACUGGAAAAUUUGCUCCCUACAGUUAUAGUACAAAUAAAAAUAUGCUGUUGUAUAAGGAACGUGAGCCACCCAGCUACAAUUUAACCGCUGUUACAGUGCCUACCUAUGUGUAUUAUUCCAAAAAUGAUCUGCUGUGCCAUCCCACUGAUGUAGAGGCUAUGUACGCUGAUUUGGGAAGACCUAUUGGCAAAUAUCUGAUACCACAAAAGGAAUUUAAUCACAUGGAUUUCUUGUGGGCCAUCAAUGUGAGGCGUUUGGUAUAUGCCAGAAUGAUGCAGGUUUUGGGUAAAUACAAAGAUAGGCGCAAUAAUGCAAGUGUAUACCCAACGCCUAAGGAUGCCACCAAACCUGAUGAUGGCGACUCUAAGGAAGUCAAGUGA